AUGUGUAAAACGGUUGGUUUGAUGCUUAUGGCUCUUGUUUAUGUAGAAUUUGCUUAUGGUUGGGAACAAGCCCAUGCUACAUUCUAUGGUAACAUGGAUGGUGAUGAGACAACUUAUGGUGCAUGUGGUUACAAUGUAUUCAACCAAGGUUAUGGUUUGAGGACUACUGCUUUAAGCACUGCACUUUUCAACAAUGGAGCCGCAUGUGGUGCAUGUUUCCAGAUAGUGUGUUUCAAUAGCACUCAAAAUUGUAUUAAAAAUGCGGGAUAUAUAAUUGUAACUGCAACAAAUUUUUGCCCACCUAACUAUACUAAAACUACUGAUCUCUGGUGUAAUCCACCGUUGAAACAUUUUGAUUUAUCUCAACCAAUGUUUACAAAAAUUGCAGUAUAUAAGGCAGGAAUUGUUCCUGUCCUAUUUCGACGAGUUUCUUGUGGAAGGAGAGGAGGUAUUAAGUUUCAAAUAAAGGGAAAUCCAUAUUUUAUUCUUGUUUUGGUGUAUAAUGUUGGUGGGGUUGGAGAUGUUGCUUAUGUGAAGAUUAAGGGAUCUAAAACUGGUUGGAUAGAUAUGAAAAGGAUUUGGGGUCAAAAUUGGGCAACUUCAACAAGACUAUAUGGUCAGAGUUUGUCAUUUAAAGUUACCACCAGUGAUGGAAUGACAGUGGAGUCGAACCAUGUUGCUCCAGCUAACUGGCAAUUUGGUCAAUCAUUUGAGGGCAAAAAUUUUUAGUCAAUAUUU